AUGAAUAAUCCUAUAUAUCAGAGCUAUAUAAAUCUUAAUCUUAAUAUUAUUUAUAACGUUUUACGUCCACUACGGGGUAGCCUUGUCCAGAGCUGCCACCAUAUAUAGUACCCCCCCCUCGUUUGUCGCAUUUUCUAGGUUUUUUUUAACUCCCCCCCCCCCCUCCGUGAGCGAACAAAACCAUUAGAAAAAUCGCCAUUUUUUGACCAAAAACCCACCCUCCGUGAGUGAACAAAAAUUUUUUUAAUAGAAAAAAUUUUAAUGGAAAAAAAUUUUGAUAUAUAAGUGAUAAUUAGUAUAAUGAAAUCUAGAGCUAAUUCUGUUUAAUUUUAAACAAAUUGCGUUUUAAAACAUAAAUUUUGCAAAUUAAAUUAAUAUUUGCUUCCCAAUUUUUGCAAAUUAGGAUUUUUUUAAAUUUCGAAAAAAAAUAUUUUUUAUAAAAUUUUUAUAUAUAAAUUUGUUUUAAAAAAAAAAAAUUAACCCCCCUCCGUGAGCGAACAAAAUUUUUUUGUUCGCUCACGGAGGGGGGGGGGGAGUAAGGGAAAAAAAAAUUUACAGGACCUCGUUUGUCGCAUUUUCUAGUGCAAAUACAUUUGUCGCAAUUUCUAGUUUUUUUAAUUUUUUUUUGAUGUCGCAAAUCUUAGUUUUUUUAAAAAAAUAGUUUCUGAUUAAUUUAAUUGAGUAAUUAUAGAGGAGUUUACCUUACAUUUGCCUGCAGAGGGUUAGCAGGCCCGAGUCCUUCCCAGUCCUUCCCAGUCCUUCCCAGUCCUUCCCAGUCCUUCCCAGUCCUUCCCAGUCCUUCCCAGUCCUUCCCAGUCCUUCCCAGUCCUUCCCAGUCCUUCCCAGUCCUUCCCAGUCCUUCCCAGUCCUUCCCAGUCCUUCCCCAGUCCUUCCCAGUCCUUCCCAGUCCUUCCCAGUCCUUCCCAGUCCUUCCCAGUCCUUCCCAGUCCUUCCCAGUCCUUCCCAGUCCUUCCCACUUUACUCUCCCCUUUUUAGAGAAUAGAUUAAAUUAGCUUAUUAACUCCAUUCUCCUUGCGCUUCAAUGACCUGCUUGCUCUUUCAUUUUUCACCUUAAGAAUGGAAUUUUGCACUUCCUCAAAAGAAAUUUCGUCCCAUGACUCCUGAAUGGCAGCAAUUAGUCUGGCUUUGCUGUCAGGCCUUCUUUUCUCCACUUUCCUCUUCAAAUUGGCCCAGAUCAUCUCAAUUGGAUUGAGAUCUGGGCUCUUCGGCGAUUGAGUCUUCACAUCAAUCCCGUUUUCUCUGCAAUAUUCCAUAGUCUGCCUUGCAGUAUGGGCUGUUGUCCCAUCCUGAACGAAGGUGUAGUCUCCAUCUAAAGGCUCAAUAUAGCCCUGGAGAAUGUCUCUGAUAUAGACCUGGGCAUUGAUUGCAUACUUCUCCUUCUUUAUGAAGAGCAUUUUGCCAAAAAUUGAUAGGCUCUUCAAUCGUUGCGUUUAUCCCUUCUUUGCACCACGACAAAUUAGAGUUACGAAAGAGAUGCACACAGCACUCAUCACUGAAGAUCCAUGAAGCGAUAUCUGAGUCAAUCAAAGACCUAGCCCAGGACAUUCUCUGCUCUUUAUGAGCUUCAGUUAGCUGUAGAACAACCCUCUUCUUCCUAUAGACAUAUCCCCUCUUCUUCAGCUCUUUUCCUAGCUGUUCUUCGCUGAUGUCAACUGUCUUUCUUUUGAAUUGGGCCCUCAAACUUGCCUUGCUGACAAAGCCUGUAUCCUUCUCACAUUCCUUAAUGACCUCAGCAAAGUCUUCAUCAAUGCUUUAGGGGAGAUCUGGAUAGUGCCUCUUCUCUUCCAGCCGCUUCGUCAGAUUCACUCUCAGUAUUCUCUGCAGCAAUUCGCUCAAUAGUCCGUUUAGAAGUCCCCAAGAUUGUCGCAAGUUCUUCGUUUUUAAAGAAACCUACGUCAAUGAUCCUCUUGACUAUGCUCUCUCCAUCAUUCCAUUUCCUUAGGAGGAGGCGAUAGUCCAUGGUCCACAAGCUUCCGCCUGAGCUCUAAAGUGUGCUCUUCAGGAUUGAACUUGUUGGUGUAGUGCCUGAUCGUCGUCAGGCUCAUGUCCUUGCCACAAGCAGCAAGACGCUCUUGGAUCUGCUUUGCAUUGAGCCUCUCUCCAUAGGCCAUGCUUUGAAUCAUUGCCGGGAUUUUUAUCGGCUGGUCCUCAAUUUCGCGCAACUCCAUUAAUUAAUAUGGAAGACUAGAAAUUAAGCUAUCAAAUAAGGAAAUAGGCAUGAAGAUAGGGGAAUAAGAAUGGUGAAUGGCAAGUGGUGAGGCUUAAGCAAUGGGAGCAGGCAAUAGGAAGCAAGCUGUGGGGAUUGAGGAAUGGGAGCAAGGAUUUUUGAAGGAAGAAAUGAUGAAAUUUCACUAACUGACCCCUUGACGAAUUUAAUUUUUAGGAAUUUAUAGAGAGAAAAAAAAACUAGAAAAUGCGACAAGCGAGGUCCUGAACCGAUUUUUUUUUUGGCUUAAAAAAAAAAAACUAAAAAAUGCGACAAAUGAGGUCCUGAAAAUUUUUUUUUCUCUUAUAAAAAAAAAACUAGAAAAUGCGACAAAUGGCAAAAAACUAGAAAAUGCGACAAACGAGGGGGGGGUACUAUAUAUCCACGUGCUAGGCCUAAGGACCUCUGGAUCGAUCCACUUUGAUCGGCAAGGCACGGGUAAGCAUAGUGUUCCGGCUUCACUGUCGCUACGGCUUUAUACAGCUCAGCUCCAGCUCGUGUUCCACCUAAGGGUCACCUCCAUCGGGUGCGCUGAGAAGUAAAGGCCUUAGCCUUUUGAUGCACUGAGGAGCAGUUUCUCUAGUUAUCCCCAAAAUUAAACCGCUGCUGCUGUGCAGAAGUUCUCGAGAUAAAACCCAACCCCAUAAAUAAAAUUGCUUGAGGGAGAGCAAAUUAGCGGAGCUAAUUUCGCUCGAACCGAAUGCCAUUUUAUUUAUCCAGAGCUAUAUAAAUCAGCCAAAUAGAUUUUUCGCACCUUCUCCGAGACUGAAUAUAAAAACGAGGGGAUCAAGUCGAGAAAGCAAAAGGAAAGACAAUCAUUCUCCAAUGACUAUAACGAAAUUUUCCAAUAAGACUGCUAUGCCUCAUUUGAUGGCUACGUCGAUGUAUUCAACCUAUACUGAUAGCUGGCUGAGAGAAACAAUAAGAAAUUUCUCAUGCAAGCGAAGGAAAAAUGAAGAAUGGAAUAAUAAUUUUGAACAAGGGAACGGGAGAGAUAUAAUUUCUUUAGAAUCGAAAAUCAAAGAGCCGAAAAUAAAGAUGUUUAGGAGAAGAGGGUCAGAGGUUUCCUCAAUUGACAGUAUAGGCGAGUUUUAUACCUACUUGAAGCCAAGAUCGAUUGAGUUAAGCCCUGCUCCUACACAUAAAGCAAACAGUCGCUCAGCAAGCCCAAGUAAAAACAAAAAAGGCAGUUUGACUCAAAAUAUUGAUAAUAUGCUGAAAUUAGAAAUAAAUGAGAAAAGAUUAUUUGAUGAAAGAUCAGAAAGAUACACUCCUGAUCAAAAAGGCAGAAGGAGAUCCAUUCAUUAUGGCUGCACAUCUCCUGGAAUUUUUCAGAGCUCAAUCAUCAAUAACUAUUUACAAGAGUUCCAAUAA